AUGGCGAUAUCGGAGCUCUCUAGAGCAUUUACUUCAAGCGCCAAAGAUGAUGUUCAGUCUUCAAGUUGCUCAGAGGAGCUUUCCGCGGGAAAGGGUUCCAUCAUGUCCUCCGAUGCGAAAGUCCCAGCGCUUCACGCUUCCCUAGAAUUUAAGGAGGCCGAAGAAGCUGGCUACCCGGAAGAUUCGGCCAUCGAGUACCCGAGAGGCAUUCGACUAGCCCUGAUUAUCCUGGGCCUUGCUAUGGCCGUAUUCUUGGUGUUUUUGGACAUGACUCUUAUUGCAACGGCCAUUCCUGCAAUCACAAAUCAAUUCAACUCACUUCAACACGUCGGAUGGUACGGUUCCGCGUACAUGUUGAGCCUUUGCUCGUUCCAACUAGUCUACGGCAAAUGCUACGAGCUUUUCUCUCUGAAGUUGACAUUCAUGGUGGCCAUCGCUUUCCGAGAGGUCGGUCUAGCGGUUUGCGGAAGCGCACCCAACUCUAUUGCCUUCAUCAUCGGCCGUGCCAUUACCGGCAUUGGCUGCAGUGGCAUCAUCAUAGGUACCUGGGUUGUUCUGGCAAAUUCCGUCCCAAUCCGCCAACGGGCAGUGUACACUGGGUUCCUGGGCGCAUUCUCAGGCGUUGGCGGCAUCAUCGGUCCUCUGAUCUCAGGGGCCUUGACAGACAGUCAUUUGUCCUGGCGGUGGGCAUUCUACAUCAGUAUUCCUGUCGGUGUCGCAACACUGGGAUUGAUUCAAUUCUCUUUCAGACCUCCGGCCCAGGUUAUCUCUGACGGCAACAGAAAGCUGUCUUCCAAACUCAAGGAAUUCGACAUAAUUGGUCUUUCCGUUUUCUUCGCCUGCAUGGUCUGCCUUCUACUGGCACUACAGUGGGGCGGGUCGGAGUACCCGUGGAGUAGCGGUCCCAUGAUUGCACUCCUCGUGUUAUUUGCGGUCAUGCUGCUCGGUUUCGUCACUUCACAGAUUUGGAAAGGUGACAAGGCCGCUUUACCACCUCGGCUUAUGAAGCAGCGCAACGUUGCGUUUGCUUGCCUUUAUGCCGCCUGUAUCGACGCAGCUUACUAUACUACAGAUAUUUGGCUACCAAUAUGGUUUCAGGCGAUCAAGGGCAACUCAGCCAGGGAAUCCGGUAUCAAACUUGUGCCUUAUGUUGGUGGAGAGGUACUGGCGGCGUUGGUUGCCGGAUACCUGGUGACCCUCUUGGGAUGGUACAACCCCUUUAUGCUCUUUUCUACAGCCAUCUCUUCGGUCGGCCUUGGACUUAUGACCAGGUUCGAAGUUGGCACGGGUCCAAGCGAAUGGAUCACUUAUCCUAUCAUUGCAGGCAUCGGGAUUGGGGCAGGGACCCAACAACCCAUGAUGGGAGUGCAGUCCACUCUCGUUCUCGCGGAUAUUCCGGCUGGAACUGCUGCUGUCACUCUUUUUCAGAAUCUCGGUCCAGCAGUCCUUAUGUCGGUCGCAAAUACAGUCUUUGUCAACAAUUUGAAGCGGAAUUUACACGGCCAGGGCGGACUCGAUGGACAAGCUAUUGCCGACAUGGGAGCUACCAAUCUGAAGGACAUGAUCUCCAUAGAUCUACUUCCGGGGAUCAUCAACGCGUACAACAAGGCACUUCAGGAAACCUUUUGUGUACCGAUGGCAGUGGCAGUAAUCUCCAUCAUUGGGGUAUUAGGCAUGAAAUGGGAGAAAUUGCCGGCUUAA